AUUUAUCCAAACUCAUUCGUCAGAAUUUGUUAACAGUGUUCUAGAUCCAAAACGGAGUAAAUUGAUCCGAACGAACAGCUCUUCUCCUUUCAGAAACGAUACCGUUCCAGGUUUCUGCUUGGCAACGAUCCAGUUUUUUGGCGCAGCAAAAUGUCUCUGAUGUACGCCGUACAAGUCUUUCUCUUCUUCUUCAUAGUUCAUCAUGCUACAUGCAAUCCAUGUGCCUCUCCACAAGUCAUUAGUGGAAGCUCUGGACUUUUUACAAGCUUUAAUUUUCCCAAUGAGACAGCUGCAGACUCAACUUGUUUCUGGAAUAUCACAGUACCAGCAGGAUUUGUGUUGAAAAUAACUUUCCACAGGUUCUCCCUGUCGCCAGCUGACUCGCAUACUGACUGUAGGGAUGCAGAGGGGGCCCACUUUUUCAUCUCAAAUGUUGCAUCAACUCAACAGUCAAGAGACCCUUUUGAGCUCUGUGGACAGGCUAUUCCGAAUCCUGUGUACACUUCCACAAACUCCAUUCAAGUGAGACUGAAGACAGUAAUUCAGCAUGGAGUUGUUGGAUUUAAUGCAUCUUAUGAGGCUAUCACACCUGAUGUGUUGUGCCCGGCGAUGGCCAACUUGACUGAUGCAUCAGGUGUUAUUACCUCUCCAUUCUAUCCCAGAUUUUAUCCGAAUGACCAGAACUGCAUUUGGGAAAUUAUUGCAAGCAAUGGAAAGCGUCUCAAGCUUGAAAUUGAGAAGACUAUGGACAUUCCAAAUUGUCGCUCAUGUAGUUGUGAUUAUUUGGAUAUCCAGCAUGGUUUUGACAGUACUGGAAAUCCAAGUGGAAAAAAAUGUGGACCACUCACGACAAAUUUAACAUAUUAUUCACUUCAGGAUCGCUUCAGGGUGCAGUUCUCCUCAGACAGUAGCUCUGAAUUUCAACAUAGAGGUUUCAGAGCAGUUUACACUCAACUGGAUAUCAACCCCAGAAAUUGUCCCAAAGCUGCAAUACCGUUCACGGCUUCAAAUGGAAAGUUCAGCAGUCCUGGUUACCCAGGAGUUGUCCCUCCUGGUCUAGAUUUGGCUCAUAAUCAGGCCUGUACCUGGAAAAUCACUGUAGCUGCUGGAAAACGUGUCAAGUUGAAUUUCACUUCUCUCAAUUUUGGUAAUUGUUCUACUCCAUGCAGCCCCAGUGAAGAGAAGACUCAAUGUACACAUCUGGACAUCUAUGAUGGUGACUCUAAGAGCUCUUCUAAAUUGGGGCGUUUCUGUCCUGGUUCUGCUAAGGAAGUGAAAGUGUCAAGUGGUAAUCAAGUGUUUGUGGAGUUUGAAUCUGGCUUUGCCAAUAAUCGUGGCACUGGUUUUGAAGUACAAUACUCUGAGACUUUAGAUGACCCAUCUCCAACAAUUGCUACACCAACAACUGCUACACCAACAACUGCUACAACCAGUAAAUCUACUGGUACUGGUUUUGAAGUACAAUACUCAGAGACUACAGAUAAACCAACAGAGCCACCUACAUAUACAACCACAGCUGGAGCCACAAAGACUGGUGCCCUGUUGACUCUCACCAUAUUUGCACUAGCUGCCUCUCUCUAUUAGCUCUGAGGGGACAGUAGUACUUUCAGAUCAUCGUGUCUUCUGGAUCAAUGGAAGCUCAGUACCUUUUGAAGGGUUGUCAUUAGAAAAUGGAACAGAAGCAUGAUCUGAACUAAGAAGGUGGCUGAAUUGAUUUACAGUAUGCCUGCAAAGCUAGCAGUGCAUGUUGCAAAGCCAAAUAAAUAUGCCAAUCUGCAAAAAUUUUGAAAUUUGUAGCUCUCAGAGAUGUGAUUUCUAGCAUUCUGCAUUUAUAUUCUAGUAUCUUUUUUUUUUUUUUGCCAGAUAUUGAUAUUAGAAUCAGUUUAAAAACUACUUAUUCAUCUGUCUGAUCACAAUUCACAAGGCAGCUGCUACAGAAAGGUCUGAUAACCAGAGGGUUUCUGCCACCUACAGGCAUCUAAUGACAACCCUGCCUAUGUAAUCUUCAGAUUUCCCUACAAUCCCAUCAUAUGUCAUAAGUAAAGAGUAGAUCCCUGGGCAAGACCCUUAGGAAAUCAAAGGGGAUGUUACUGGCACUUUCUAGGGAUGCUUGUUGAAGAGUUUGGUGGCUCAAAUUUGCUCAGCCCCAGGUCUUCACAUCAAUUCUCAUUAUCUAAUCCCAUGCUAUUAAAUAAAAUAUUUGUUCCAAGAUUUUGGAGGUAAACAUAGGAUCUCCUUUGAUUUCCCACUUUCAUUGCAUCCUCUGUCCACUUGGUAGUUUAGUGGUAGUAUGCAGCAAAAAUUAGUUCUAAUUUCUUUGGGAGUGAUGUUUAAGCACUAAGGUGAUGUAAAAGUGCUACUAUAAUAUUUCAUUUGUCUAAGCAUUUUUUAAUUGGUUAGUUAGUCUGGAGAUAAAUGAAAAGAUUUUGGUAGAUUUGAAAAUGUUUAAUUUCUUAUGCUGGAAUAAUUAUAAUUUUCACCUCAAAUGAUGUUGCUUUCCAUAAAUCAAAGAGAGCUUUUGUCACCUCCAGAUUUAUAGACUAUGAGCAAUCCCUCCUUUUUGGUGAAGUCCAUUGUGCAAGUCAAAAUAAUAUCAGUGAAAAAAAGUUCAUUUUAGCGUUCCACUGGAAACUCUUCAUGUGACACCGAUGUGCUGCAGGAGCUUCAUGAGUGAGAUGCUCAAAAAUUGAAAUCUUUGGAAGGUGUCAUUUGAAUUUUUUCACUUUCAUUUUACCCCUCUGAUGUCCAUCCCAUGCUGAGGAGAGGGGGUGAUAUGUGUGCCAGAUUUUGACCAGGAAAGUAAUAUUGAUGGUAAUGUAAAAGAUAUUGAUUAAGAUUAUUAUAACAAUGUUGAUUUUAUAACUAUGCAAUGACUUGAUGAGAUACUUUGAUCAACAUUUGGGUUAUUGUAGCAGUAUGUAUUUUAUAUGAUGUUUUUAAAUGUUAUUGCAUUCAAGUACCCUUAAAUAACAAGCCUAACAAGUAAUAAAUUGGAGGGUAACUGCACUGAUGAUUUGGUGAGGAAUUACAUUCUUUCAAUUGUUUUGGUAUUUUUUGAUUUUUUUUCGAGGAUCAAUCGGGGAUUGUGGAAGAAUUCAGACUUCUUCCAUAGCAGUUGCCUUAGCAGUCAGUGAAGAAAAUUAGAUACAAUUGCUGUUUGUGGAGCCUUGUAAAUGACCCAGUUUUAUUCUUUUGAAUUUUUUAGGAAUGUAGCGGUACCAUUAUCCAAUACAGGAGUAUAUCAUGUAGAAGAUAAUUAUGAUAACCAUUCCCUUUUAAGUUUUAAAAUUAGUGUGAGCUAUAUUAUGCGGUAGCUGUAGCUUUGGUUUUUCUAGAGGCAGUGUAAUGUAAAAGUUAAAGCAAACUUCAAGUUAAUUUUAUCAUGUGAUUUGGUACAUGAACAUGUUUAAUUACCACAGCAGUUAAUGUAGCUGGAAACAGUUUUUGAAGACAUCUUUUUGACUGCAAAGCACUUGAAAACCAACUGUCAUUCUUUGCAAUAGAACCAAUUUCCUUCUUGUGUUGAACAAAAGAUUAAAGUUUCAAAUAGCAGGCA